AUGCCAGGGGAACGGCCCCGAGGAGCGCCAGCCCCCACCAUGACAGGAGACCUGCAGCCCUGCCACGUUGCCAGCAGCCUGGGACGCCCCUCCCAGGCCCCACUGGAGGACCACAGCCCAGCCGGCAGGACUACCAAGGGUGCCAGGGAGGUUGGCAGCCGGGCCCAGUCCAUGGAGCUCCCUGAGGCGCAGCCAAGGCAGGCCAGUGAUGGGGAGCCCCAGCCCCCACCCCUAAGAGGCCAGGCCCUGAGCAGCACUCCCAGGAAGGGGGGCGGCCCCCAGACCCCACCAGGGAGGAGCCCCUUGCAGGCUCCCUCAAGACUGGUGGGCAAGGCAGAUGGCAGCCCCCCAAAGCACUAUAGUCUGAGCAUCGCCAGCUCGAGAGCCAAGGCCACCCUGGACCAGAUGCCUGAGAACCCACCGCUGGAGGCUGCCCAGCCCCCAGAGGCGGAGGCCCCCCGGGGCCCUGGGACGGGAGCUCCCCUCAGGCCCGGCCUCUCGAGGACCGAGGCCCAGCCCACUGCUGAAGAGCUCGGCUUCCACAGCUGCUUUCAGGAGACACCCUCCAGCUUUACCUCCACCAACUAUACCUCACCGAGUGCCACCCCCAGGCCCCCAGCCACAGGGCCCCCCCAGAGCAGGGGCACCAGCCCCCUCCAGCCCAGCCCCUAUCCUGAAUUCCAGGCCAGUGGGGCCGACUCCUGGCCUCCCACUGCUGAGAAUAGCUUCCCAGGUGCUAAUUUCAGGGCUCCCCCUGCCGAGUCGGAGCCCAUCCCCACAGGCAGCAGGCCCGGCGACAGCCCCGCGGGCGCUCCCUUCCAGUUCCCCUUCCCAGCCCUGCACGGGGCUGGUGCUAAACCCUUCCCUGCGAACGCGGCCGGCCACGCAUUCACCGACGGGCCGCUGCUGUUUGCCUGCCACCAGCCCCGGGGAGCAUGGCCGGAAGAGGCCGUGGGUGCCGGCCCAGCCUACCCCCUGCCCACCCAGUCUGCACCCUCACCCCUCUCCUGCUACCAGGGCCAGCCAGGUGGCGUCAACCCCCACAGCAACCUCAGUGGUGCCCUGUCUCCGCCUGGAGCUGCUCCCUUGGCCCCGAGACCCUUCUCCGACAGUUUGCACAAGAGCCUGACCAAAAUCCUUCCUGAAAGACCACGUUCAGCCCAGGAUGGGCUGGGGAGCCCAAGGGAACCCCCUAGCUCCCUGCCCCAGAGGCGCUUCCCAGGGCAGGCGUACGGAGCCAGCCGGGUGGACACCAGCCCAGGGCCUCUGGACACUGAGCUGGCCUCCCCAGGUUGCGCACCCCCCAGGCUGCCCCAGCUGUGGGACCCCACAGCAGCCCCUUACCCCACAGCUGCCAAGGGCACCCUGGCUGCCACCAGGAGUGCCUUCUUCAAUGGCCAGCCCAGGCCAGGCCAGCGGCUCCGGCUCCCCCAGAGUGCACCCUUGCCAUGGCCCCAGGCGCUCCCGACCGCCAGGCCAAGCCCCCACGGAAUGGAGAUGCCCAGCCAGCUGCUUUUCCCUGCGGGGGCCCCUGAGUGGCAGGAGGACAGCCACAGAGCCCUGAGCACUGCUGGCAAGACACCGGGACCCGGGGAGCAGCUGGCAGCCGUGAGAAGUGGCCCGGACGCCUCCCCGGUGCUGUUCGCCUACAAUGGGCUGACAGACCCCGGAGCCCAGCCCCUGUUCUUCGGGGUGGCCCAGCCCCAGGUUUCACCCCAUGGCACACCCAGCCUGCCCCCACCCAGGGUGGUGGGAGCCUCCCCCAGCGAGUCCCCACUGCCGUCACCGGCCACCAACACGGCCGGCAGCACGUGCUCUUCACUGUCACCGAUGUCCAGCAGCCCGGCCAACCCCAGCUCAGAGGAGAGCCAGCUCCCCGGCCCACGCGGGCCCUCGGCCUUCUUCCACCCACCCACUCACCCCCAGGAGACGGGCAGCCCCUUCCCAUCCCCGGAGCCGCCCCACUCCCUCCCCACCCACUACCAGCCAGAGCCGGCCAAGGCUUUCCCUUUCCCUGCAGAUGGGCUGGGAGCUGAGGGUACCUUCCAGUGCCUGGAGGAGACCCCAUUCCACCACGAGGGCCCCGAGGUGGGCCGGGGAGGGCUUCAGGGUUUCCCCCGCGUGCCACCACUGUACCCCGCACAGCACUUCUCCCUCAGCAGCGCCAGCCUGGACCAGCUGGAUGUGCUGCUGACCUGCAGACAGUGUGACCGCAACUACAGCAGCCUGGCAGCCUUCCUGGCACACCGGCAGUUCUGCGGCCUGCUCCUGGCCAGGGCCAAGGAUGGCCACCAGCGUUCCCCAGGUCCCCCUGGGCUCCCCUCGCCCACCACUGCCCACAGAGUCCCCGCCGACGCACAUCCCGACAUGCUCAACCACUCGAAGGCCUUCCUGCCAGCUGAGGAUGUCCAGGCCGAGGGCAAAGACGACCCCCUGAGAACGGGCUUCUUACCCAGCCUGGCCGCCACCCCCUUCCCGCUCCCUGCCUCGGACCUGGACAUGGAGGAUGACGCCAAGCUGGACAGCCUCAUCACCGAGGCGCUCAACGGCAUGGAGUACCAUUCAGACAACCCCGAGAUCGACAGCAGCUUCAUCGACGUCUUCACAGACGAGGAGCCUUCCGGCCCUAGAGGUCCCAGCACUGGGCAGCCCCCUAAGACGAAGGCGGGGGUGAUUCUGGAGAACAAAGCUCCACCCCCACUCCCAACAGCCACACCAGACCCCCAAGCUCCCCGCCCUGGGGACAGAGGCUGCCCAGCCCGAGGCAGGCCCAAAACACGUUCCCUGGGUCUGGCCCCCACGGAGGUGGACGCGCCCAGCCAGGGCAGGCAGCAGAGAAGAGGGAAGCAGUUGAAGCUGUUCCAGAAGGAUCUGGACACCAGUGCAGCAGAGAGGCUGGGUGGGGGUGGCAGAGCCGCCCUGAGGCCCAGGAGGAGGAAGGGCAGUCAUGGGCAGCGGCCCCCACCCUGUCCCCGGGACCUUAGAACGCAGGCCCCCGAGAGCCAUGCAGACCCCAUGCCCCAGGUCCGGAGAGCCGCCACCCUCCCUGAGGAGACCAGGAGCUCCCCACGCCUCCGACUGCCCCCCAGGAAGGACUCCAGGAGGAGGAAGGCUCGGGACGGCGCCUGGGGCAAGGAGCUCAUCCUGAAGAUCGUGCAGCAGAAGAACAAGCACUACCAGCGGCUGGGGCGGCAUGUGGGCAGGCGGGGGUCCCUGGCGGCCAAGAGGCCCCAGGCCCGUGCCGGGGACCGCAGGCUCCAGGAGUACGACUACGCCUCUGAGUCCGAGGAGGACCAGCCUCCUCCGCAGCGGGGUCCUGGCCUCAGAGGCCGGAGGUGCCGAGGUGAGAAGAGGCAGGAAGUGGACUUGACCCAGGGUCCCGGAGAGCAGCGGAAGCACAGGAAGGCAGUGAGGCAGGAAGCCGGCAGGGACAGAGCCCCCCACAACCCCGAGGAGCCAGGCAGGCCUUGCCCAGACCCCAGCAGGAGCUCCGAGGCCCACGGCCCACCGCAAAGCCUGGAGGCCGGAGCGGCUGCCAGGGAGAGAGGCCCCAAGUGUGCUGAUGGCCCCUCACUGGCCCCCAAGGAUCCCCUGCAGGUCCCCACCAACACCCAGACCCCCGAGGAAAACCACCCACCUCUGGACUUCCCCCGGGAGGCCGAGGAGCCUGAAAUUGUCAAAGGGUCACCCGUGGACACCUCAGAACUCACAGGGGUUUUGAGUUCUUCUCCAGCCAGCUGUGUGGAAGGAAGCCCCAGCCUCCGGACUCCAGAGCAGCUGCAGCCCAGCACACAGGACACGGGAAGCCUCGACCACGUGGCACCCCACGCCACCGUGGCAUCUCACAGGAGUGCACCAGCGCCAGGCGUGGGCAGCCUGCUGGAUGGCCCUGGGUGCACAAAGGCCCCCAUCUGCCACAACAGAGAAGAACCCCCUGCCCACCAUCCUGCAGAAUUUCUGGCACCCACGGCUAUCCCCUCGAGUACUGCCUACCCCAGACCCAGCAUUCUGUCUUCAAAGAUCUCCAGUUUUGGCUGUGACCCUGCUGGUUUUAACGGAGACCCCAUGGGGGUUCCAGUUGCCAAAAAGGGGCCUCAGGCCUACGGCAGCCCCCAUGGUGAGUUGUUCCUUGGACCUAAAGACCUGGCUGGCUGUUUCCUGGAAGACCUGCACCCCAAGCCCUCAGCCAUGGACGCCCCACCGGCCAGCAGCUCCUGCCUUUGCCGGGACGGCGAGGAUGCUGGCUCCCUUGAGCCACUGCUGCCUAAGAGCCUCCCCGGCACGGCUGGAAUGGACCCAGAGAGAGCCACGUCGCCACUGACCUUGGAGUCCACGUCCCUUUUUCCAGGACUGCAGCUGGACAGAUUCGACCCACCCCUCUACGGCAGCCUGUCUGCAGACAGGGGCCCCCAGGUGCCAUUCACAUGUGCUGACCCUCCCCAAAAGCAGCCCCCAUCAGACCCACCGUUCCCCACUUUUUUGCUGCUUGAAGAAGUACCCCCGAUGCUGCCCGACCAUUUUCCUGAUCCCUCAGGGGGAAAGGUGCUCAAUAAGACGUGUCCCCCUGAACAGACAGCAGCCCCCGGCGCCCCAGCUUUGCCUGGGAAGGGAAGUGGAUGUAGCGUUGCUCUUAUGAGCCACCUGUCUGAGGACGAACUGGAGAUCCAGAAAUUGGUCACCGAAUUAGAAAGUCAACUGCAAAGGAGCAAAGACACACCUGGGGCCCCAAGAGAGCUCGGAGAAGCUGAGUCUGGGGGCAGGGUGGAGCCGAGCACGGGCACAGAGGCACCCUCCCCGCUGCCCACCUGCCAGGCCACCAUGCCCCACAAGGACACACUCUCGGCGGCUGACGUCACAGUCACUGGGGAAUCCACUGCACCUCGGGAGGGUGCAGGACCAGCUGUGGCCACCAUGGAAGGGGUUCAGCAAAGGCCCACGGCGACAUGGCCCUGCCCAGCUUCCUUCCACCCAGGAAAAACAGCCCCUCUCCCCUGCGCCCAAGAAGACCUGGUUUCUGGAUCUCCUUUCAGCCCCACGGGAGCCAGCUUCCAUUUUCAGCUGGUGCAGAAAGCCAGAGUCUCCAAGACUGGACUCCACCAGGCAGAAGGGGACAGCCGGGCCCCUCAAGAUGUCUGUGUCUGCUUGCCUGAGCCCAGCAAGCAGCCAGGGCCACCACUGGAUGCCAGGAGUUUAGCAAAGAACAACCCUGACCAGGAGCUUUCGUUUCCUAAAAAUAAGGAGGUCACCAGCUCACAAGAAAGUGAAGACACCCUGCGGCCGCUUCCCUGUGAACAGAGAGGAUGGCUUUUCCCAGGACCCGGCACCGAAGACGGGCCCCGCCCAGAGGUCCCAGCUCUGCAAGCCUUCGGCAGCCCUACAGUCCAUCUGGCCCCUGACUUGGCAUUUCAGGGUGACAGGGCCCCACCGCUGGAUGCCACUUGGCCUUUUGAUGCCAGUCAGAGCCAUGCUGCCCAGGGACAUUCUGCAGGCAGAGCAGGCAGGCGCCUCUACCCCGCAUCAGGGAGGCCUGGCUUGGAGGGUCAUUCGUUUGCACCGGCGGGGGCCUCCUCGAUGACCACCCCCCAGGGCAGGAGGGCUUGGUUUGUCCCUGUGCCAAGUCCCGCCUGUGUGUCUGACACACGUCCCGGCAGGAGGUCCCAGGACCCAGCCUCAAGCCCCCUACGUCAGCUCUCCAUCCUGGGGCCUGGAGCAGCUGAGAGUAAAGAUGGCAUCCCAGCCUUGCAAGAGCCAGCACCUGCUGCCCAGAGCCCUCCUCAAGGGAACCCCUCAGAUCUGGAAGGGGGCACUGUGAAAGGAGGGAGGGUGGCCUGUGGCCCCGCCCUGGGCCCUCUGGAGGGUGUGGAGGUGACAGCUCUCCCCACAGUGGCCGGACAUCAGCUGGGGCUGGAGGCAGAUGGACAUCAAGGCUUUCUUGGCCAAGCUGAGAAAACCCAGGUCCAAGGCAGAGCCAGCCGGCUUCAGUCAGUGAACGGAGGGAGCCCAGGGGGGGCGGGUAACCUCUCCUCUGUCAAUGCCAGUCCCAAAACAGCACUGGCCAGGCCUGCCACAGGUGCAGUCCUGCUAGAGAAAUGCGAGGGAGUUAGGGCAGCCAUGAGCCUUCAGGGCGAGGCCCCGCACCGCCCAAGCCUCCUGUCCCCGGAUAGGGAGUCCCUGACGCUCGCCUUGACAGCAGCCGACACCCAAAAUGCACCCGAAGGCUGGGCUCUACAGAGGGCGUCCAGCCUGGUCCUGAACAAGCCGUUGCUGGCCACAGGGGAGAGUCCAGCACCCUCCAUCGGGGACCUGGCCGCCUGCGCCCCCUCACCAUCUUCUUCAGCCACCCCUAUGCCCUGCAACCUCGGGCCCCUGCCCCAUGAAGACCCACCCACCUCUCCCUCCAGUGCCACCAGAGCCCAAGGUGGGCUGAGGGGGCAGCUGCCAGCAUCUCCAUCCUGCAGGGACCCUCCCAGCCCCCAGCACCCGCCAGCCUAUUCUCCUGCCCAGGCACCUCUGGAAGAGGCAGAUGCUAUUCCAGCCCACACAGAUACUGGGGCUGGGGAUCCCCCAGCAGCUCCCCCACCUUUGACCACAAGCCCGUGUGAUCCUAAGGGAGCCUUGGCCCACUGCAUCCUCCAGGGAAAGGACAGCCCCCUGGAAGACGCUUCCUCCCAGUGUCCUGGCUCAAUUAGUGCCGUAGCCUACACUCAGGGCAGGGGCAGCCCCGAAGACAGCACUUUAAGAAUUCCAGAGGAUUCCAGAAAAGGGAAGCUGUGGGAGUCUCCUGGCCGAGCCACCUCUCCCCCGCUGGCAGGGGCUGUCUCCCCCACCAUGGCCUUGAGGGCUGCUGACCUGUCCAACACUCUCAACAAAGAUGUGCCACAGGCAGGCAGAGGACCCCCAGGGCUGGAACCCCAAAGCAGGGGAGCCCCAUCCCACACCAAUUCUGACAGGAUGCCCAGCGGCUACUCAGAUUCUCCAAGCAACGCUGCCCACCUCAGCCACAGGGAAGCCCACGCUGUCACAGCUGUGCCCACUGUGCCUCCCACGCCACCGGGUGCAAGGUCGGACUCCCCCACCUGCCUGGAAGGUGAGGCGGGGACCAGCAGCAAGGGGCCAGAGCACCCAGGGACCCCUGAGGCUGGGCACUCUGGUGGUGCCACAGUGCCCAGUGUUACCUGCCCUUCCACAGGGCUCUGCUUGGGCGUAACCACAGCUCCAAGCAGCACAGCAAGUGACUUCCAGUCGGACUCCCCCAAAAGCCACAGAAAUGCCUCCCACCAGACUUCCCAGGGGGACCCCCUCGGUCCCCAAGACCUCAAACAGGGGCCUCAUCGCUAUAAAAAGAAGCCAGUGUCUACAGAGAACGGCCAGGCUGCGCUCGGGCCUGUGACCUGUGAGGUCUGCACAGCUUCCUUCCGCUCCCGGCCGGGCCUGAGCCGGCACAAGGCCAGGAAGCACCGGCCACGCCCGGGAGCGUCCCCACAGCCGAGCCCAGCGGCCCUGCCUGCUCAGCAGCCUCCGGGACCCCCAACCCAGAAGUGCCAGCCCCCCAGGAAGAAGAGCUGCAAGGCACCUGGGAAGGAGAGACCAAACCACUCUCGGGGGUACUCCGGCCACACCGCCCGGGGCCUGAAGGAGGUUCUAAGGACACCCAGCUCCGCACACAGCCAGCAGCAGCACCCGCCAAGCCCCGCUGAGCAUGGGGUGGACGUGAAAGCUCCAGCCUCCAAGCCAAGACCAGACCAGGUCAGGGAAGAUGAGCUCCAUCCCAAACAGGCAGAGAAAAGAGAGGGCCGGAGGCGACGUGGAGAGCCCAUGGCGGACUCCGCCAGCCACUCCAAGGGGAAGUCGAGUAAGAAAGCAGGAAAGCUGAGAGGGAGAAGGCUCUGGGAGGACAGCGCUCCUCCAGUCUCUGCUGAAGUGAGUUCAGAUGGGCGCGGCCCCAGACCAUCUCACGCAGCAGCCAGCUCCACCGCCCCCUCUAGCCACGGCCUCCCUGUGGAAGGACGGCCUGAGGCUGACAAGGAGCAGCCGCCUCGCUGGACCACGCCUGGGCCUAGGGUGAUGGAGGGUGCUGCGGGGACUGACCUGGAGGCUCUGUGCGCAGGGGAGCCUGGGGCCCAGACGCUACCUGGAGAUCAGAUGGUGCGUCCAGGGAGGAUGGACGGUGCGGCUCUCGGGGAACGGUCAGUUAGGCAGAAGGGAGCCUUGGCGAGGGGGCUCCGGAGACCGAGAGAGACCAAGGCAUUGGGUGUUUGCAAAGCGUCUGGGAGCACGCCGGCGGAGGACAGCAGCAGGGCCCGCAGCGGGUCCGAGCAAGGCGUCUGGGAGGAGCUCACGAGCCCCUCGGGUGCCCCUGGGUUUCCCGAGACUUCCAGCUAUCCAGUGGACAGCACCACCAGCGGCUGCCUCCAGGGCCUCCCGGAGAACCCAGACACCCAGGGUGGAGUCCCAGGGCCUGAGGGCCCCACUCCUGAAGCCCCCGGCUCCAGUGCCGAGGAUCCUCCAAGCUUGUUUGAUGACGAGGUCUCCUUCUCCCAGCUCUUCCCUCCCGGCGGCCGCUUGACCCGAAAGAGGAACCCUCGCGUCUACGGGAAGCGCUGUGAGAAGCCAGAGCCCCAGCUACCCACCCAGCCCAGCGUGGACGAGGGCCCCACACUCAGCCCAGCCUGCCUGCCCAUGGACCUCAGCGACUCCGGCUCCCUCUGCCUGUGCCAUGAGGAUCCAUGGGAGGACGAGGACCCCGCAGGCCUGCCUGAGUCCUUCCUCCUGGAUGGGUUCCUCAGCAGCCGGGUGCCUGGCAUUGACCCCUGGGCCCCCGGCCUCAGCCUGUGGGCCCUGGAGCCUGGCAAGGAAGCCAGUGCAGAGCAGCUGCCCUCCCGUUGCCCGGAGGACGAUCAGCCCGAGGCCAUUCCCGAGCUGCACAUGGUCCCGGCGGCUUGGAGAGGCCUAGAGCUACCGGCCCCUGCCAAUGACGCCUCCUCUUCUCUUGGAGACGUGAGCCCCGAGCCCCCCAGCCUGGAGAGAGAACGCUGUGACAGUGGGCUGCCCGGGAAUGGCCACCUGCUGCCGCUCCGGACCGCAGACUGGGAGACACUGAGCUCCGAGUUUCAGAUGCGAGACCUGUGCUUUCUGAGACCCUUUGAAGACCCCACAGGUCUCCCAACCACCAGCUUCUUAGACUUCGAGGCCACGGCGAGCUCCCGGGGGCCACAGAACGGAAGGACGGAGGCGGCCACGGGGGCGGGUAGGGCCCAGGGCCGAGGGCGGCUGACCAAGGGCAAGCGGGCCUCCUACAAGUGCCGGGUGUGCUUCCAGCGCUUUCGCGGCCUGGGCGAGCUGGACCUGCACAAGUUGGCACACAUGCCCGCGCCACCGCCCACCUGCUACAUGUGCGUGGAGCGCAGAUUCGGUUCGCGGGAGCUGCUGCGGGGGCACCUGCAAGAGAGACACGCGCAGAGCAAGGCGGGGCCCUGGGCCUGCGGCAUGUGCCUGAAGGAGGUGCCCGACAUCUGGAUGUACAACGAGCACCUGCGGGAGCACGCCGCCCGCUUCGCCCGCAAGGGGCAGGCGCGGAGGUCUCUGGGGGACCUGCCCAGAGGCCUGCAGGGCAGCAGUGCCAUUGCUCAGCUUCUGAGUGGCAUCAUGGAAGCCACCCCCAAACCCCACAGGGACAAGCACUCCGUCGGCAAGACAGGCGGGAGCCCGGGAGACUCCUCGGGGCCGGAGGGAGAGGCCGGGAAAGACAGCAGGAGCCAGAGGGCGAAACCUGGCUGGUUCAGCACCCCUAGCCACCCAGACAGGGCCGUGACACCAGACAGCAUCUGUGCCAACACACUGGCCAACCUGGGCAGCCCUGCAGCCUGCGAGAAGCCCGCUCGGGCCUGCGGCUCGACCCUGCUCCCGGGUCCCGCCAAGACCACUCCCAUCCCGUCCCCAGGCUCCUGGCCCGGCGGGGAGCCCCUCCUGCAAGCCGUCCCGGUGCACCAGGCCUGCAAGGACCCCUCCCGCGACUGCCACCACUGCGGGAAGCGCUUCCCCAAGCCCUUCAAGCUGCAGCGCCACCUGGCGGUGCACAGCCCACAGCGCGUCUUCCUGUGCCCCCGGUGCCCCCGGGUCUACUCCGAGCACGGGGAGCUGCUGGUGCACCUGGGCGGGGCGCACGGGCUGCGGGAGCCGCUGGAGCUGCAGCACACACCACUCUACGCCUGCGAGCUCUGCGCCACGGUCAUGCACAUCAUCAAGAAGUCCUUCGCCUGCAGCUCUUGCAACUACACCUUUGCCAAGAAGGAGCAGUUUGACCGCCACAUGGACAAGCACCCCCGGAGAGAGCGGCAGCCCUUCACGUUCCGCGGUGUGCGGAGGCCUGGAGCACCGGGGCAGAAGUCCCGGGCCCUCGAGGUCACACUGCCCAGCAAACGGCGUAAAGUGGCCAUGCCCGGCAGUGCCCCCGGGCCCGAGGAGGACAGCCCCACCCUGAGCGAGGGGUCCCUCCCAGCCCUGCUCCAGCUCUGCCCGGAGGUGGCUCCCAGCACAACCAAGGGAUGGCCCGAGACCCUAGAGAGGCCUGCAGACCCUGGGACCCUCCCAAUCAGGGGUUGCGAUCGGCCAUCUGACCACCAGGAGUGUCCCCCGCCGUCUCUGUCUCCGUACCCAGCUGCCUUGGCUGAGGGCAGAGGGGACUGCGAGCCAGACAGAGCCCCAGAGAGGCCAGAGGAUGAGGCUUCUGCAGGCAGCCCUGGGACUCUUCUCCAGCAAGCUCUUCCACUGGGGGCAUCUGUGCCGAGGCCAGGAGCCAGAGACCAAGAUGCAGAGGGAAAGAGGGCUCCCCUCCUGUUCUCAGGGAAACGCAGGGCCCCAGCUGCCCAAGGCAGAGGUGCCCCUGACCAUUUCCAGCAAGAUCCUACCCUGCUUCCAAAACAGAAGCAGGUGUCCUCAAGCCACAUGGCAUCUGAGGGGGGUCCUGGAGGCCCCUUCCACAAGGGCAGUGCCACCAAGCCUGGGGGCUGCCAGAGCUCAUCAAUGGACAGGUCGGCAGCAUCCACCCCCAGCAAAGCGCCCAAGUUCCCAGUGCAUCCAAGGAAGGCGGUGGGGAGCCUGCCACCUGGGGAGCUGGCCCGUGGCACAGAGAACGGGAUGAAGCCCGACACCCCCAAAGCCAAACCAGGCCCCAGCCCCCAGGACAGUGGAAGCCCUCGCCCUGGCACCAAGACGGGCGGUGGCAGCCAGCCCCAGCCAGCCAGUGGGCAGCUCCAGAGUGAGACAGCCACUACCCCAGCCAAGCCUAGCUUCCCCAGCCAGAGCCCGGCACCAGACAGGCUCCUGCCUCGAGCCCAGGCCAAGAGCUGCACCAAGGGGCCAAGGGAAGCUGGUGAGCAGGGGCCCCACGGGAGCCCGGGUCCCAAGGAGAAGGGAGAAAUCAGCAUGAAGAGGAAAAAGAGCCAGGCCCCGGGGGCAGCCAGGACUGAGAGUGUGGGGAGCUUCGGGAGAGCCCCCUCGGCCCCUGACAAGCCCCCCCGGACCCCUCGGAAGCAGGCAACUCCCAGCCGUGUGCUCCCGGCCAAGCCCAAACUCAACAGCCAGAACAAACCCAGGCCACCACCCUCAGAGCAGCGGAAGGCAGAGCCGGGCCAUGUGCACAGGAAGGACAGACUGGGCAAGGCCUUCCCCCAGGGGCGACCCCUGCUCAGGCCCCCCAAGAGGGGCAGAGCUGUCCGCGGUGCUGAACCUGCAGAGCCACACACCCGCCAGACCGCCGAGGCCCAGAGUGACCUCCUUAGCCAGCUCUUCGGGCAAAGACUAACUGGAUUCAAAAUCCCUUUAAAGAAAGAUCCUUCUGAGUAAUUUACAGGAGCAAGAGCCUGGGAGCAGAGCUGGGGGUGGCCAGCUCCAGCUCCCUGAGACGGUUUACUCUGUGGCCACUUGACUUCUUGUGCCUUGAUGUCAGAGCUGAGGUUGUGACACUUUGAACAGGGCCCAGGGUGGCCCUUUCUUGCUGGAAGGCUGCGGGUGAAAGACGGGGCCACUGCAGCCCCUUUGAGACCACACAGCUGCUUUCUUGGUACCAAGUACUUGAAGAGACAGCACCUUAUCCCCCCGACCCACAGCCUUGUACCCUCUUGGCAAGGCACCGACACCAUAGAAGCCAAUAAUUGGAGAUUUGCACAGCCUCCCAUUCCCCAUACGAAGCAGGGAAGUAAGUCGAGGCAGCCAUGGGAUGAUGGCAGGUUCCCCCUUAGUCUUGCUGCUGUUGCUGGAGUUCCAAAGUGACCUUAGAAACCACGUAGGGGAAGGCAGUGCUCGCCACUUAGAAGAGCUGGUUCUGAGCCGCCUGGUCCCCCAAGAGCACAACAGGCCUCCUCCCUCUGACCACAGGGUCGUGCUAGCCUGUUUGUGCUGCCAGAGAAAAGCCCAUCUCUAGCGCACCUUGAUCCUGGGAACCAGGUUUCCAUAUGGAACUGGGAAGAAACAGCGCCUGUGCCAGCUCCCACGGGUUCUCCCGGUGCCCCCCAGCCUCCAUGACCGCCUCUGGAGCCCACCUGCUGUACGGAGCUCUGGGCUCUGCCUAUCUGCAAUGUUACUCUGAAGUUUCUGGUGCUAUUUUGGUGUUGUAAUGUGAA